GUCAUGUGCUAGAUCAGGUGCUCGCUGCCCCGCAUUUCCUGACUCGCGGGACCUCGGUCCUCACACUAGCUUCCCCAGGCUUUCCCUCUCCACUUUUCGCGCGGAUCGUGUCUCUUGGGAGCGGUGUUCGGUCCAAACCGGCACAGCAGCAGUCUCGUGCACCGGUCCACGGCUAUAAUAGUGUCGGUCCGCCUGCAACGCACCGCCGUCUCUCUUAUAUACUCACCGCGCAUAGUGUUGGCUGUUCCACACUGCGCUUGCGCGAGGAAAAGGUGGACCCUCUUGUUUCUAUCUCAAUUCCAAGGCCGUGCCCUGAACUGAGAACACGUACCCAAAUCCAAUACCCACGGCCACCAUGUCCAAGACUCUCGAUUCCACUUCGGCCAUGCUUGCGAACUCAUCGCCCGCUGUCGCCCUUACUAAGAAGAAGCCCUAUCCAUUCUGGCUCGGAGGCGUCGCUGCCACCAUCGCCGCGUCCGUCACCCACCCGCUCGAUUUGACCAAGGUUCGCAUGCAGGCGACAGGGGACAAGGGCAUGAUCCAGUCGCUGCGCAAAACGGUGCGCACGGCAGGCGUGCGGGGCCUGUUUGAUGGCAUCACGGGCACGUGGCUUCGUCAAAUGUCCUACUCGCUCUGCCGCUUCUGGGCGUACGACGAGAGUAAGAAGAUCACAGGGGCUGGCCCGCACGCGCCCGCAUGGAAGCUUGCACUCUCGGGGAGCAUGGCGGGAGGCAUUGCCGGGUUGGUCGGCAAUCCUGGAGAGAUCAUCAUGGUUCGCCUGCAGGGCGACUUUGCCAAGCCGCCAGAGAAGCGGUUGAACUACAAGAAUGCAAUUGAUGGGCUUUAUCGGAUGGUGCGCGAGGAGGGCUGGUCAUCCCUCGGACGGGGUUUAGGCCCCAAUGUGUUUCGUGCAGUGCUGAUGAAUGCGAGUCAGCUCGCGUCGUAUGAUUUCUUCAAAGCGGAGCUUCUGAAAACAGGCUACUUUGAGGACAACAUUGGCGUGCAUGUCACCGCGAGCUUCGGUGCUGGCACUGUGGCCACGACGGUGUGUUCGCCAGCGGAUGUGAUCAAGAGCCGCAUCAUGAGUGCAUCAGGGAAGGAAGGAAGUUCGACGCUGCAAGUGAUUAGGACGUCGUUCCGGAACGAGGGUGCAAUGUUCAUGUUUAGGGGUUGGCUGCCGGCGUGGAUGCGUCUGCAGCCGACGACGAUUCUGAUUUUUGUGACGCUUGAACAGCUCAGGAAUUUGGUUGAUUGGACGAGAGAAUGGCGAGGUGAUGCGUGAGAAUAUUGUAUUAUCGCUAGCAGAUGUGGACUGGUGAUACCUGUCGCUGGUGUAUACCAAGGGCUCAGACGAGCGCACGGCGAAUACCUAUAUUCAUUCGUGUGACGAA